AUGGCAAAAGCCGCGGAGAGGCCAGGAGAGACAGGCAAAAACGGUGAGAAAGACCCGUUCAAACAAGCUUUUGGUGCAAACCCGGAGUGCGGACCUACACCAGCUUCCCUAAAAGGAGCCAUCCAACUGGCCAUAGGUUAUGCCGUUGGAAACCUUAGUUCCAAACCUGACAGAGAUGUUCUCAUGCAGGAUUUCUCAGUGGUGGAGAGUGUCUUCUUGCCAAGUGUUGGCAGCAACAUGACCCCAGCGCAUCACUACCCUGACUUCCGUCUAAAAACAUAUGCACCUCUGGCAUUCCGCUACUUUCGGGAACUCUUUGGCAUCAAACCAGAUGACUAUCUAUACUCCAUCUGUAAUGAGCCUUUGAUCGAGCUGUCCAACCCUGGUGCCAGCAGUUCUUGGUUCUACCUUACCAGUGAUGAUGAGUUCAUAAUCAAGACUGUGCAACCGAAAGAAGCAGAGUUUCUGCAGAAGCUACUUCCUGGCUACUACAUGAACCUGAACCAGAACCCGAGAACCUUGCUUCCCAAGUUUUAUGGCCUUUACUGCAUCCAGUGUAGUGGCAUUACCAUCCGUGUAGUAGUGAUGAACAAUGUGCUGCCACGUGCCAUGAAGAUGCACUACAAGUACGACCUGAAAGGCUCCUCAUAUAAACGUCGUGCUUCACGCAAAGAACGUGCAAAGUCUUCGCCCACGUUCAAAGACUUAGAUUUCCAAGAGAUGCAUGAAGGGUUGUGCUUUGACGCUGAGACCCACAGUGCCUUGAUGAAGACUCUUCAGAGAGACUGCCGGGUUUUAGAGAGCUUCAAGAUCAUGGACUACAGCCUCCUACUAGGAAUCCAUGUUUUAGACCGCAAGACGUCAAACAGAGAAAGCAGACGCGACAGCAGGAAAGGACAGAAAGUUCUCUACUCCACUGCCCUCGAAUCCAUCCAAGGGACUGUGAAAGACCCAGAACCAGUGGCAGAUGAUGACACAUUGGGUGGAAUUCCAGCCAAGCAUAAAGACGAAAAUGUGCUCAUCUUUUUAGGGAUCAUCGAUAUCCUUCAGUCUUACAGGUUCAUCAAGAAAGUGGAACAUUCCUGGAAAUCACUUCUACAUGAUGGGGACACGGUGUCAGUUCACAGGCCCAAUUUCUAUGCAGACAGGUUUCUGAAAUUCAUGGGCUCUACUGUAUUCAAACGCAUCCUUCCUUUGAGAGGAACAUCUUCCAAAAGGAAAAAGAAUUUUUUUUAUGCAAAUAAGUCAGCCUCUCAGGAGUUACUUUCUCCUCAAAAGGAGGAAUGGGAGAAGAAAAAAGCACAAAGCGUGGACAACCUAGAUGUUUACAGUUCAUCCGAGGAACCAGGUCCUCUACCAAAAUCAACUGUUUCAAUCAAUUCUAAUGAUGAAGAGCACCUUGACAGCAGUGAACACAGACGAGCCUCGAGUUCAACAAUUGCAUUGGAUGAUCCUCUGCCACCCAUCAUCAGAAGCCAGUCAACAUCUGAGCUUGAUGCCUACUUGGUGGGCAAGCAGGCGUUCAGGCAGGCAAGUUGUGGAAGGAUCUAG